AUGGCUUCACGAUUGUAUUACUAUGAGCCAACAACACCUCCAACUUUCUUAGGGGGUGAAAACUACCCUGAGACUGUGCACAGCCGUUCCACUUCAGGAUCAUCCUCGCUAUACACCCUGGACUCCUCUCCUGACUCGGUGAUCACAAAUGUUACCACCCCAAACCGAUCACCUGGUUACUACCGACAUGGCCGUGCCCUCUUGCCGAAAAUUCGCCCCCAGGAUCUUGUGGAUGAACCAGUCUCCCAGAGGGGUCCUCAGCGCCACCGGAAAGCUCUAGCUAGCACUCUCAACCCUCCUGGCUACGCUCCAUAUCCAGUCUCUAGACCUCCAGCGCAGCGAGUGGUAACCGACUCCGCAGGCCCCCUGGUUUCCCCAAUCUCAACUGCCUCAUUUCUUGGCUCCCAUUUUGGGUCAACCCUGCCGUCUCCUGUCACUGUUCCCCCGGUAGAAUCUCGCAAGCGUUCUAGUCAUUCUCGAAACGUUUCCGUGUCUAGCAUAGAUGAAACAACACUGAAUCGCUAUGGAUAUCCAACUUAUCGGCAGCUCCCCAAAUACGUUUCGCAAUGUAGCCCAACGUCCCCUGUUUCGUCGAUGGCACCAUCAUACCUGAACUACCCUCCACCUAAACGUGAACCCUUGAGCUAUCAGCCAUAUGAUAACACAUUGGGAACAUAUUCACUUUCAGGUGCCACAGGCAAAACCCUUGGUGCUCCAGUCAGCAUCGAAAGUCAAGUUGACUAUGCGCCUCCCUCCACAACACUUCUCGAGUAUCUUACUGCUCCCACUCAGGCAGUCAACCUGGUUCAAAACGUCGCAUACAACGCAUCUCGCCUCAACCAGACUCAUUUCUGGUGGGAUGUUCGGAAUUUGCGCCGAUGGUCGUCUUUCUCCCUUGUUACAUUGAACGAGAUCCCAAAUUUCACCAAGCUCCUCACGACGGAAAUUCCUCAAGAUCUCGCACCGCGAACCCAUGUGUCGUCAUCCCGAUUGGCACCGGAUUCGGAAUUCGCUCUUGCAAAUCUUGUCCGUGAUAUCUAUGCUCCGCGGGUCAAUGCUGCACUCCGUGUUUCCCAGGGUCGCGACUCCAUGGCUCUUUAUCCUGCCCCUGACGCUGUGGCUGAUCAUGAGAAUGGACCACAUUUUCUUGCCAAUUAUCCCUCUGAUACCGAGGUCACAGCCUCAGGAUCUCCUCGUGGUCGAGUUGUUGGCCUGGUCAAAAGUUUUGACCGCUGGAACACAGGGAUGCGUAAUGAACAACCCCAUCGUCGUGUUGAGUAUCUCAAUGGCCUUUCGCAUCUGCAACGCUGCAUGCGUGAACACUCCUGUCGAUACGGCUUCAUCAUGACAGAAAUCGAACUCGUCUGUGUUCGGGCUGGCUGCGAUGAAGGUGACGAUGUUCCUUACUUUGGAUAUCUAGAACUUGCUCCUCCAAUUGCCACCAAAACAUCUUCGGCUUCUUACAACUCCCUUGGUGCAAGCUCUCUUGAGCAAAACUACCCGUCUUCGGCCGGAUUCUCCGGCCCUCUCACAGCUACAUUGGCAUUAUAUUACCUGCUUAUGCUUUCCAAGAGAGUUCCCCUCCCAGGUCAAGCAUCUUGGCACCUGAAUGUUGGCGGAACAGGCGCCCUGACUCGUCAACGUAUAUUGCCAGAGGGAAAAGAUAAAUGGAUUCCAGAACCCCAACAAAGGGAGCGCAGGGAGGCAAAGAGAAUUCGAGGCUGGGUUAUGCCGCAGGAUGCCUGGCAUCGUCGAGAGGGUGGAGGAGCGAGUCGAACGAAGGCUGCAAAGGCAAAGAAGUGGCACAAGUGA